AUGCUGUGGGACGUCGAGACGCCGACGAAGGUAUGGGCGCCGACGCUCGUCCUUCUUGGUCUCGGCCAUGGCUGCGUCUUGAACGCGCAGAACAUGGCAUCGCAAACUCUCUGCGAAGAAGAUGACGAAGCGAUCGCCGCGGCGAUGUAUGCCUUUCUCCGGCAGUUUGGCAUGGCACUCGGAGUCGGUGUCGGCGGUUCUACAUUUCAGAACGUCAUGCUGCUUAAGUUGGAGGCCGAUGGCUUGGCACCCGCGGGCACACACGGAGGUACUCAUGCUGUUCACGCCAUAUUGGGCACGGCUGGCGAUGCUGCGCUACGAUCCAAGAUCGUGGAUGCGUACGUCUACGGCCUGCGAGGCGUCUACGGACUGUAUGUCGGCGUAUCCGGGUUGGCGCUUCUGAUGAGUUUCUUGAUCAAGAGAGUAUCGCUGGACAAGAGCCUACGGUCUGGGCAGACGAUGCACAUUCAGGCGAAGGGUCACGGUAGUGUUCACGGCUCGGGGAGUUGA